AUGUCACGGAGAAAUGAAACUACAGAGGAAAGAGAACAACGUCUCACAUUACUUCGAGAAAAUUAUCAUCAAAGUCGAAAUAAUCAGACUGAAGAGCAGCUUAAUGAUUCUAAAGAAACGGACCGAAUCAGAAAAAGAUUGCAAAGAAAAAGAAAGACAAAUGAACAGGCAGAUGAUAGAAGAAUACAAAAUGCAAUAAGAUUGCGUGAUCUUCGACUAAAUGAACAAAUGGAGGCUCAAGUUUCUAAAACAACUGUAUAUUCUGUUCGUCAAAAACGUCGGGAAAAAUACAGUCUUGAACAAGAGGCGUUUCAUUAUAAUCCUACUAGAAAUUAUUUUGAACAUUCAAGUAUAGUGAUCGGAAGAAUGAAUGAAGUAUGCAAAUUUUGUGAAGCUAAAAAAUUCAAAGGAGAAACGCAAAGUAUAUGCUGUUCAAGUGGCAAAAUUAAAUUACCAGAGUUAAAAUCACUGCCACCGGAAUUUCUAGAAUAUAUGAAAGGAGAAACACAAAAUUCUAAAGAAUUCUUACAACAAAUUAGAAAUUACAAUGCAUGCUUUCAAAUGACUUCAUUUGGAGCAACUGCAGUAAUUGAAGAAAAAGGAUUUAAUCCAGUAUUUAAAAUACAGGGACAAGUAUAUCAUAAAAUUGGAUCAUUAUUGUCACUCCCAAAUAAUACUCCGAAGUUUUUACAAAUUUACUUUGUAGGAAAUGAAGAAGACGAACUGGAUCAAAGGCUUUCAAAUUUUACAGAAUUGCGUCGAGAUAUAAUUCUUCAUUUACAGCGCUUUCUACAUGAAAAUAAUGAGUUGAUAAAGAUAUUUAAGACUGCGAUGGAAAAAAUGGUUUCGGAUAAUUAUAAAAUAAUAAUUCGGGCAGAUAAAAAGCCAAUUGGCGAACACGAAAGACGAUUUAAUGCACCUCAAGUAAAUGAAAUAGCCGUAGUUAUGGUGGACAAUGAAAGUAGUUAUAGGGAUAUUGUGGUACAACGAAGAAGUAAUAAGUUGGAACGCAUCGCUGAAACUCAUCACAUGUAUGACGCCUUACAGUAUCCACUAAUAUUUUGUCAUGGUGAAGACGGUUACCAUUUUAAUAUUCAGCAUGUUGAUCCACAAACAAAUUGCCCUACAAACAAAAAAGUUUCUUCCAAGGAAUUUUACGCAUAUCGGAUAAUGGAGAGAGUGAAUAAAUACAAUCAUAUACUCAAUUGUCGGAAAUUGUUUUUACAGUUUAUUGUUGAUAUGCAAGCAAAAAUUGAAGCAGAAAGAUUGUUAUUUAUUCGUCUAUAUCAAAAUAAAUUACGAACGGAUGAAUAUAUUCACUUACGAGAUGCGGUAGCCAAUGAUGGGGAUGUUGAAAAUUUGGGACGAUUAGUAAUUUUGCCUUCUACAUUCAUUGGUAGCCCUAGGCAUAUGCUUCAAUAUGCACAAGACGCAAUGGCGUAUGUGAGAAAAUAUGGUCGUCCUGACUUUCAUAACGUUUACGUGCAAUUCGUCAUGGAAGGAAAUUAA